AUGGGGUUGGAGACGAUGGGCCGGGAUGGGCUCGGAGAAAAGGGCGGCGGCGCGGGCCAAGGCCACAAGGCUUUCGACGCAUCCCGCCAUCAGCCCGACUGCACGCCUGUACCACCACCACGUCCGACCAUCACGACCACGCCCAUGUCUGCCGACUUCUGGGCCGGCUAUAUCAGCGGUGCCGCUGGAAUCAUCAUUGGCAAUCCGUUGGACCUCGUCAAGACCCGGCUGCAAGCAGGUCCUGCAGCUGCCCAAGCCAGCAUCAAUGCCGCUCCAACCGUCGACGCCAUCAAUUGGCGCAAUGCUGGAAAUUACGUACGUGGUGCCACCGCCCCGAUCCUCGGCUACGGCGCCCUCAACGCCAUCCUCUUCGUCUCCUACAACCGCACCCUCGCCCUCUUGGGCGAUCAGCCCGACUCGUCGUCGCAACAUCCGCGCACCAGCCUCGCCCGCGUCUUCUGGGCCGGCGCCGUCAGCGGCUUCGCCACCUUCGUCGUCAGCGCCCCGACCGAGCUGGUGAAGUGCCGCGCGCAGGUGUACGACGCGAUGCCGGCGCGUGGUGGUAACGGCGGCAGUGGUGGUGGUGGUGUCAGUUCGUGGGCUGUUGCGAGGGAGACGUGGAGGGCCGAGGGGUUGAAGGGCUUCUACCACGGGGGUGUGGUGACGGGCGUGAGGGACGCGGUGGGUUAUGCGUUUUAUUUCUGGUCCUAUGAGCUGAGCAAACGCCUCAUCACCUCCCCAGAGGAAGACACGCAGCGCCAAGCCGCCCUCAAGGUCCUUCUCUGCGGCGGCAUCGCCGGCGUCGUGACUUGGGCUUCCAUUUUCCCUCUAGACGUCAUCAAAACCCGCGUCCAAACCCAACAAGCCUGGACCCCGACCCCCCCUCGAUCGAGCAACAACAACAACAAUCCCCAAUCCCCACUCCUGCCACGUACAUCAUCGUCAUCAACAUCAUCGUCGUCGUCGUCGGAGCAGACCAGGCAGAGGCAGACCAGGCCGAGCCAGAGCCAGACACGAAUGGGAGCGUGGGAAGUCGCCAAGCACGCCUACCGCACCGAAGGCGCCGCCGUCUUCUUCCGCGGCCUGGGCGUCUGCAGCGCGCGCGCCUUCGUCGUCAACGCCGUCCAGUGGGCCGUCUACGAGUGGGUCAUGGCGCGCUUGAUGAUGAUGAGGGGGGAUGAGAACGAGAACGAGGGGGCUGCUGCUGCUGCUGCUGCUGCUGGGGCUGGGGCUGGGGCUGGGGCUGGGGCUGGGUUGCAAUUGGCAGCAGCAGCCCGUCCUGGCAGUAUGGCUGCUUAG